AUGAAUAUUGCAGAUUUAGUGCCAGUUGCAAGAUCUGUUGCUCAGCAUUGUGCUGGUUUGCCACUGGCAAUAAUUGCAGUUGCUAGUAGCAUGAAAGCUGAAUAUAGCCUUCCUAUAUGGAGGAACGCAUUCAAUGAAUUGAAUAGGAAUGUCCAGAGUGUCAAUGGAGAUGUUAAAGACAUGGUGAUUCAGAAAUUGAGAUUCAGCUAUGAUCGUUUGAACGAUCCAAAAAUUCAGGAAUGUUUCCUCAUUUGUGCAGCAUAUCCUGAAGAUUCUGGCAUCCAUAAGGAGCAUCUGAUAAGGAACUGGAUUAGAGGGCGAUUAGUGGAUGAUAUGGGUGACAUGCAAGCAAACUUAGACAGAGGCCAGGCUAUCCUAAGAAAACUUGUUGACAAUUGCUUGUUAGAAGAUGUUGGGAAUGGAACAGUGAAAAUGCAUGAUCUUGUAAGAGAUAUGGCAUUGCGUAUCCAACAUCAGCUUUAUUCCUCAUAA